AUGGCUGCCGUACGAGGACAUCAGUACUUUAGCCUGCGAUGGAACAACUACCAGAACACGAUGACAUCCGUGUUCCAGCAACUGCGCGAAGAUCUCUCCUUUGUCGAUGUGACCUUGUCCUGCGAACACGGAUCCCUCAAGGCACACAAGGUCGUCCUCUCCGCCUGCUCGACGUACUUUCAAAAGCUUCUGCUCGAGAACCCGUGCAAACAUCCGACAAUCAUCCUACCCGCCGAUAUCAUAUUCACAGAUCUGAAAACAAUCAUCGACUUCGUCUACCGCGGUGAGAUUGAUGUCACCGAAUCGGAACUACAGGGCCUCUUGCGCACCGCCGAACAAUUGAAGAUCAAAGGCCUCUGCGAGACAGCGGAAAACGCGGAUGACUUGAACGACGCGGCCACAGCGACAAUAACCGUGUCGGAGAACAUCCAGCAGGCGGUCGUGGGGAGCAUCGUCAACCCGAGCAUAGUGUCGGGGGGAGCAGCAUCGCCGCCGCUCGAGCAGCAGCAGCAGCAGCACCACCACCAGCACCACCAAGCCCAGGCCCAAGCACAGGCCCAGGCGCAGGCCCACCAGCAGGAGCAACACCAGCAACAGCAGGCGCAGCAGCAGGCGCAGGUGCAUGCCCAGCAGCAGCAGCAACAGCAGCAAAUCAACGCCUUGCUGACGCACCACGGAGUGGCCAGUGGCAGUGCAUCUUUGGGCGGACAGCUGCUCAGCGCGACAGCGAGUGGGAGCAGCGGCAGCGGAGCAGGCGGUCUGCAGUCGCAGCCCGGGCUACAGCCGACGACGCGCAAGUCGCGACUCAAGCGAUCCAAGUCUCCGGAUCUGCAACUGGGCGGAGGCAGCGCCAGCGCCAGCGGCAGCAGCAGCGUCUCCCAGCAGCCACAGCCGGCCCACCACCACUCGCAGACGCUCCUUCUGCAGGGCCAGAGUCAGAGCCAGAGCCACAGCCAGACCUCCAUUGUGAGCCUACAGCAGACGGCCGAGGGCAAUUAUAUACCCGUGCCGGGGACCGGUGACGAGUCGGACGUGGACCACGAACACGAUCACGACCACGACCACGACCACUCCCACGAUCACUCACACAAUCUGUCACACUCCCACGACCACGAGCACGAGCAGGAGCACGAGCACGGCCACGAUCACGAGAACAGGCCGAGCAAAAUCUGCAAGACAGAGCAAUCCCUGGCCUCGCCGUCGUCCAACUCGUCCAGCCACUCGAACAAUGCAACGGGCGUGAGCGGCGGAGUGACUGCAGCGGGCCAAGCCAUCGUCACACAAAUUGUAGUAGCGCGCGACGGAAAAGAUACAAAAAAUAUGACUAGUUUAGGCAUGGGCAUGAACGGAGGCCUGCUAGGCGUGCCCAUGGGAUUCCUGGACUUCACACCCGAGCCACCAGCACCAUCUGCCACACCAGUCACCGUAACGGAGCACGUCGAUCUGUCGUGCAACCCCAGCACGGACACACGCGAUCUAUCAAAUCCCACCGAACCGCUCGACAUUGACAAUCACCUGGCGCAGCAGAUCCACCGACUCGAUCAAUCUCCCAUGCACUCGAUAGCCCAUCACCAUACCGGGGACGAGAGCAACUCGAACCUGGUGCAGCACAUCAAGAGCGAGGUGAUCGAUGCCAAGCACUUGGCGGCUGCCCAGCAGCACGCGCUCUCCCAGGCCCAGCAGCAGCAUGCCCAUCAUCAGGCCCAGCAGCAGCAGCAGCAACACCUCCAUGCCCAGCAGCUGAUGGCCCAGAGUCAGGCCCAGCAGCAGCAGCAGCAGCAGCAGCAACAGCAGCAGCAGCAUCAACAACAGCAGCAACAGCAACAGCACCACCAGCAGCAGCAGCAGCAGGCGGCGGCAGCGGCAGCCGCAGCAGCUGUACACGCCCAGCAUGGUGGGCAUGUGACGCACGCGGAGAUGGGUGGGGCAACUGUCAUGGAGAUUGAUCCGAGCCAGAUAAAGCACGAGCCGGGGAUGAUUAUAACGCCGGAGAUUGUCAACAUGAUGUCCUCAGGGCAUAUGGAUAUGUACAAUUCGGACACGAGCGAGGAUUCGAUGAUGAUCGCGAACGGUUCGCCGCACGAUCAGAAGGAGCCGCACUACACGAACUUGGAUCAGCAGCAUGGAGGAGGAGGAGGAGGGCUGGGCGGCAGCGUUUGCGGCCCCGGUGGUGCUGGUGGUGGUGGGGGCAUGGGUGGUGGGGCUGGCUCUGGCUCUGGCGAGAAAGGUCAGUUUAAUGGUCCCAAAGCUUGGACACAAGAUGAUAUGAAUUCAGCUUUAGAUGCAUUAAAGAACCAAAACAUGAGCCUGACGAAAGCAUCUGCCAUUUAUGGCAUCCCAUCGACCACCCUCUGGCAGCGUGCUCAUCGCCUGGGCAUCGAAACGCCCAAGAAGGAGGGCGGCACCAAGUCGUGGAACGAGGAUGCCCUGCAGAACGCCUUGGAGGCGUUGCGCUCGGGCCAAAUAUCCGCCAAUAAGGCCUCCAAAGCCUUUGGCAUACCCUCAUCGACGCUCUACAAGAUAGCGCGUCGUGAGGGCAUCCGCCUGGCGGCGCCCUUCAAUGCCGCCCCAACCACGUGGACGCCCGAGGACUUGGAGCGAGCAUUGGAGGCGAUCCGGGCGGGUAAUACCUCUGUACAGAAAGCCAGCGCUGAGUUUGGCAUACCCACAGGAACACUUUACGGACGCUGCAAGCGGGAGGGCAUUGAGCUGUCGCGUUCGAAUCCCACACCAUGGUCCGAAGACGCCAUGAACGAGGCCCUCAACUCAGUGCGCGUUGGCCAAAUGUCCAUCAAUCAGGCGGCCAUCCACUACAACCUGCCCUACAGCUCGCUCUACGGCCGCUUCAAGCGGGGCAAGUACGACGUGGUGGCCAACACCAGCGGCGUCUCGCUGCUGAACACCUCGGGCAACACCACCGGCAGCAUUGAGAUUAUCGAGCACAGUCAGGAGAACUCGUUGCAUAUGUUGCAGCAACAGUUCCCGUACAGUCCGUCGCCGCAUCCGCCAACGCCCCAGCAUCAUAGCACGCCGCAGCAUCACAGCUCGUCCCAGGGGCCGCCCACGCCGCAGCACAUGCAGCAGCAUGUGGUGCAUAUGCAGCAACAGCAGUCGCCCCACCAGGGCCACCAUCCGCAGCACAUGCAGCAGGACGUGGUGACGUCAAGCAGCCAGGUGGUGCAUAGCCAACAGCAACAACAGCAGCAGCAGCAGCUUCAGCAGAUCUAUCAGCACCAUGGCACGCCCGAGCGUAGUUGAGAAUCACUGCACGCUGCGGCAAUAAUGGGCAGCACCGGUGGACUAGGAGUAGGAGUGGGAGUAGGAGUAGGAGGAACUAGUGGCGGCCCAGGCACCAGCACCAGCACGGCCAGCACCACGCCGUUUGCCAGCAUAUCAGCGUUGGUCAGCGGACCGGCUGUUGCACCUCCAGCAACAGCCACAGCCACGGCCACAAUAGCAGCUACUGGAACCAGCAAGCGCAAGAAAUCGUCCAAACAAAAGCGUUGAAAGCAGGAUCAGCCGCGGAACCAGAGGCACGAUCAGGAGCAGGAGCAGGAGCAGGAGAAGCAGCAGCAUCAGCAUCAGCAGCAGCUGGAGCAUAAUCAGCAAGAGAUGGAAACGAUUGCCGGCGUGGCCAAGUCCGAGGACAUCAAGUUUAGAUUUAAUUACAAGCACUGGAAGCGCAAGCUGAUGCAGUUUCAUUUGCGAAUGUCCAAACAGUAGGAGAGCUAGGAGCAGUCGUCGGAACAGUCGGAUAGGCAGAUAGACAGAUAGAUACCCCCCCACCCAUCUCGAACUUCCCAAGAGUAAUCCAAUCACAAAUACGAUUAAAACUAGAUGGACAUUAAUUACACAAUUGAGAUGUGUAUAAAUUGUAAAUACAACAAGAAAUAUGCUUUAUCUACAUUAUACGGAACAUAGUUAAAUAGAUGUAGGUUCUCAAAGUCCUUUGUUCUAGCCGUGUAAGCAGACCGUAAAGAGAAAGAAAGGAAGAUAUGCAGAUAUAUAUAUAUAUAUAGAUCGUACAGGAAACAUGAAUUUUGCUUUGCCUAAACUCGAAAGAUAAUGAAUUAGUUUUUGGGGCUCCCGGCUGGGAGAGUAGUUCGUUUUUAGUGGACAUAAAAUAUGCAUAAACGUACGUAUACGUAUACGGAUACAGAUACAGAUAUAACUUGUAACCAUUCUGAGAAUUUUGAAUGAGGAGCAAAUCGUAGUUUUAAGCAAAAAAGUAGCAGAAUUCUGAUUUUAGUUUUCUCCCUCCCCUCCCCUCCACACCAACAUCCAUCAUUAUUUUCGCUUUAUGUGAGACUGAAAGAGCGCCGUGAAAACCGUAAAGCCAGGCCCAAAAAAAAAAACAAACCAUAGCGCGAAGAGCGAAGAAACACUUGAAUCAAAUCAAAUGCUUUAAACCACACCGUUUAUCGGUUGGGAGCGAGGGCAGGAAUGAGGAAAUACCUUAAAAUAGAAUAGACACCAAAUUAUCAAGGUCCUAGCAAUUAGAUCCAUUAGCGUGUAAAACCAACCAACCAGCCCAGAUGAAAAUCAGAAAGUUAUAUGAAUUUUACGGAAGCGCCCUGAAGCCACUUAGUUUUGAUUUCAUUUAAAAAUUGAAUUUAUGAUACGUUGAAAGUACAUUGUGUAGAAUUGAAGUAAAACGUGAAAUAAAGUGUAUUUUUGAUAAAGAAAAAAAAAAAAGGAAAAAUAGUAGAAAUUUGCCAACAAAUCGCAAACUUAUACGAGUAUCUAUGAGAAGUCAACCAAUAAAUACACACUUAUAUAUAGAUAUAUAUAUAUAUAUAUGUAUAUUUACUUGGAAUCCUCCAAAUGAAUUUGUAAAAUUUCUAACGUUAGUAUCGGAACACAACAAAAUUGAAGAGAAUAAUAAUAAACCCGAACAUCUACGGUGGAACAUUUAAAAUAGUUUUCUUUCGGGCAUGCCCAUUGAAAUUAUUAUUUAUGAGAUAGAACAUUUUUCCACCAACAUCGGCUUGGAUAGUAAAUUUAAAUUAAAAAAAAUUUCAAAUUAAAAACAAAAACAAACCCCAAAUGUACGAUAACUUCCAGUAGCGUAAACGAAAACGAAUACGAAUAUGAAUACGUGGGAUAUACAUCUACAUAUAUAUAGUAAUGCAGUAUCUGAGGAAACUUUGAUUAUUUUUGGUUUCAUCUCAGUUUAGGCGAAUCCGAAUCCGGAGAUUCGUGGAGGAAAACAACACAUGUAAAUACAUUUGAAUAUAGUUUUUAGUGGUUAGUGGAAGAGGCAGAGGGGUAGAGGUAUACACAUAUGUGGAAUUUGAAAAUCAAAGUUGGAAACUAAUUUAUUUUAGCGUUAUAGAUCAUCCGUAGAACUGAAUGCAAUAUGCUUAACUUAUACUCGACAUUAUUUAAUUCUAUUCCUAUUAUCUUUAGUUGGAUUCACAAGUGUUUUAUAGCAAAACUGUAUAUCAUUGUAAAUUAAUGAAAGCAUAUGAAGUACGAUUAGCAUAUAUAAAAGUUAAAAAAACAAUAAACAGAAGCAAAAUAUCAUAACAUUGUUACGAUUGCCGCAAGAGCAAUUAAAAAAAGCCCAGAAAUUUGAAAAUGACGGGGGAAACGGAAAAUGGAGAAUGGAAAAUGGAUCACUGGAAAACUAAAAACUAAUGAAAUAAUACAUGUAACCGUAAGCUAACUAAACGUAUAAGUGUAACCUUUAACCACUCAAUAUUAUAGUACAUUUUGGAUUAUCAAAUAUGCGUAUACAGAAAUAUCUAUUAUAAACCAUAAAUGUAAACCCAUACAAACAAAAUCCCCAGAAAACACAAACGUCUAUCUAUGCAACAGCCGAAAUAGAGAGAACACAACAAAACAAAAAACCACACAACCCAACACCCAUGUAAUAAACGAAACAAACCACAUUUAAUGUAAUAUUGGUAUAACGUAAUUUUUAAAGUGAGGUACUAUAAAUAAAACGAUUAAAUAAUAAAUAA